AAACGGUGUUUAUUAAAGUUGUUGUUGUUUGACAUUUGACUUUUUGAACGUAGUUUGGAAGGCCUUCAAGAUGUGGAAAGAGUGCUUGACGGUGGAACAAUAGUUUCCAAUUAGAUUUUUGCUUAGUCAGUCAUUCAUUGCAGCUUGUAAACGAAUUUUCUUUUUCGGAGGUCUUAUAUGAAAGUUUGCGACUAUCUAGAAAUCGUCAGAAGUGAUAGUUUAAUAUAGCACACCGAAGAAAUUUCGCCUAAAAUGGAUCCGGGUAUCCUUUGUUUCCACCAUUGUGAGCACAAAGUGUUUUGUACAAUUAUACCUGAAAAUUGCCCUGUUUGUCAACAGAAACUAGAUAGAUACGAUUACAAUCUCUUGCCAUUUAGAGUUCCAUAUCCUUUCGUUAAAGCCUCACAGCACCCGCGAGCUAUCGUAAUGAAGCCCACGCACGGUGAUUUCCUGAAUGAGUACUACAAUUCUAAAGACUUACACAUAGGGGUCACUAACUCUCAAGGGUGUGUUGUAGAGUUCAGUGAGGAGGGCAUCCGGAGUGUUGACCCUGUUAACAAAAAAUGGAGUGAAUGUGAAACCAGUGUUGACUGGGACCAAUGUCUUUUACUAGAACAGUUUGAUGAACUGUGGAAUGAGAUUUGGGAUGGUGUCCUGUUAAAGGUGAGUCUAAGUCCACUAUGGGAAGCUGAACGAUAUAAUGAAGAGAGACACAACUGUUUCACUUUUGUGCUUGGGUUUCUACGUGCACUUGACUGCGGGGAGCUCUCAGAAAGAGCACACGACCCUAAGCUCUUCUGUAAACAAUAUGUUGUCCCCAGAACUUCAGCUGCUGGAAAGUAUAUCUCCCUUUAUAGACAACUGAAGAGACAGAGUUAUUUCAUUCAGAAGCAAUGAUAGCCUAUCUAUGGUAUGUGUAAAGUCAGUGCAGAUAAAGAAUGAUCUUCACUUUUUGCUCAUAAACUCUUAUUUCUAAUCUCAACGUCAACGGAAUGUCCCAAAAGUUAUGCACAGCUGAUUUUUUUAAUUCUAAAUAUAUGAAAAAUUUUUAUAAAACAACCACACAAUCUACAGUUUUCAUACCAAAAUAGUAUUGUAAUUUGUAAUUUGGCAUGGUUUAUACUCAUUAUAGAUUGUUCGCUAAAAUGAUUUGCAGUUACUUGCAGGUUACUUUGGAAAUUUUGUGAAAAUAAAUAAACAAGUACAUUUAUUACUUAACUUAAAUAAAUUACAACAAUGUUUCGAAAUACUAAGUAUUUGUCAUCUGAAUCCUGCAAAUUGCGAUACGCCGCUGGUAUACUUACACUACGUGAUGAGUCUUCGGAGAAACUAUUUGUGCGAGCAAACUGUAUGUUUAUAUGCUUAUUGUUCUAAGUUUAGCGUUAUGGCGAUACCCAUAACACGUUUAUAUUACUGAUACAAUACUUAUCUUAUGUUGAGUCUAUGCCAUGUCCACCACUUGCCAAUUCUUCAUUAUCUGCAUCUUAAUAGUUGAUGCUGUUAUCCAUUCUUUGUCUGUACAUGUCUUAAAAACGUAAUUUAUGUAUUUAUUUAUUGUCAGUUCAGUAUUAACUGUGAUGUCUCAUAUUUAGGAGGUUCUUAAAUUUAAAUGCAUUUAAUUCAGACCAAAUAGGUUAUUGUGUAAUUUGUUUGCAUAUAAUAUAUUAUUAUUAUAUCUUAAAUAUUAUAAUACAACAAUUAUCAUUAAAUGUUUAAUUUCUAUAAAAUAAUUUCAUCGUAAGGAAUACAUAAUUUAUAUGAUAUAUAAAUUUACACGGCAUGAGUGGUCAAAACGUCAAUACUUAGGGCCUUACUAAUAAACGUUUAGUUAGACAAUGUUUUCUUCUAUUUGUCAUCAGUAAUUUGACAGUUAAAAGAAGGAGACCAAACAUUGCGUAAUUAUGCAAGCAAGCGCCUUACAACGUUUAUUACUAAGGGGGGACAGUAGUUUCGUAGGUGACAUUUCCACGUGAUGUCCGCCUUAAGGCCAAACCAACAAUUAAAAAACGUGUAAGAAUUGUUAAUUUGCGAUCAAAGAAACAUUCUUACGAUUGGUUGAAGAUGUACGCUUCGCGCGACAGAAGACGCGGGUUAAACGCGUUGGUAUAGAGUUUGAGAUACAACGCACAUAUUUAUCACAUGAGCAAUAGAAUACUUGUAUUAUAUAAUUACAAUUAAUUUGUUAAAUCAUAUGAUAUUUUAGCGAUAUAUAAUUUUCAUGAAAGUUUUAGAACAGCAAAGUCCAAUGAGAGGUUGUUCAGUUUUCUUUAUACAUAUAAAUAUACUGAAGUAUUUAUAAAUA